AUUGAAAAUAUUUGCGAGACAUUUCUGCUUAAAAAAAAUAUACUUAAAAGGGCAUAUGGUGACACUAUCAUUUGCAACAAUUUAAAGCACGUACGAUAGCUAUGGUCACGAUCAUUUUACCCCAAAUAUUUUGCCGUAUACGAUAAAUAAAUUUCCCUCUCUAGUUGGGAAACAUAACCAGUCCAGACACGUAAAAAUGUAAGUCAACUCAAAAUCCUCCCGUUGACGACGGCACUCCCACUGCUACUCCCGUCACUGUUAAAUAUAAUCCAAAAGAGCUAAAUACAGUGUUUCCAUUUCAAGCACACCAUUCCUCUUCCCUCUUUAUCCUCUCUAUCAAUUCCUCCCCCCCCAUCGUCUUUUCCUAUAUAAGUAGAGUGGAGGCAAGUCUUUGCGCACCUGGACUAACAAGUAAGACUAGUGCUUUUUUUGGUGUCCAAAUCCUCGCUGUCGUCUUCAAAGUUCCUUCUCUAGAUCUGCGCUUCACUUCUAAGUCAAAUGCAAAAUCUGCGGAUCUCAGCUAGGGUUUCCGUUCCUUACUAGACCGAAAAUGCUGGCCCACUCAUCACCACGUGUACGCCGUUAUUCUAGGGUUUUGCCGUUGAAUUUCUGUAGCUGUUGAUUUGGUGUAAAACGAGAAAUUUGCAGUUCUCAGCUCGGAAAAUUGGAUCUUUCGUAUUCCUAGAUUGAUACGUUAAGGUUACCGGAACUUUUGAUUAUUAUUUCAGUGAGUUACAGCUGUAUUUUGACUAGUCUAGGAAAACGCAAGGGAAUCUUACGUGGUUCAUUAAUAGGUCGCGUGAAUUGAACAUUUUCUGUAGUUGAUGAAGUUAUAAGGAUGUUGUGACGAAUGGCGUUGAAGUUACCAGCUGUUGAAGCAGCUAAGGUUGCGAUUCAGUCUAUAGGAUGUGGAUAUGAUAUAUCAUUGGACUUGAGGCUUAAGUACUGUAAAGGUCAUCCAGCUAACAGUCGUUUAAUCGAAAUUGAUGAAGAUGAGGGUCGGGAAGUUGUGCUUCCUGGUGGAAUUUCAAUACCUAAUGUGUCGAAAUCUAUUAAGUGUGAUAAAGGAGAACUCACACGGUUUCGUUCUGACGUUCUUUCUUUCCAGCAGAUGUCAGAGCAGUUCAAUCAGGAGGUAUCUGUGAAUGGUAAAAUUCCUUCAGGGCUCUUCAAUACUAUGUUCGAGUUUUCUGGUUCUUGGCAGAAGGAUGCAGCGUACACUAAAAACCUUGCUUUUGAUGGCGUGUUCAUCACGUUGUACUCUGUUGCUCUAGAAAAAUCUCAAAUGGUGCUGUGUGAAUAUGUUAAAAAAGAAGUUCCAUCAACAUGGGAUCCUGCGGCAUUAGCAAGGUUUAUUGAAAAAUUUGGUACUCAUGUCAUUGUUGGUAUAAAGAUGGGCGGAAAGGAUGUAAUAUAUAUGAAACAGCAGCACUCCUCAUCCCUUCUGCCUGCUGACGUGCAAAAGCGUUUGAAGACGAUGGCAGAUAAGAGGUUUUCAGGUGCAAAUGAACAAGGCGGAAUAGAAUCACAGCAGGCACAUCAGAAUGAGAAGUUUGAAAUCAGGGAGCACCGACUGAGGUUCGCCGAUCCCAAUAUAUCUGGUUCAUAUGCACAUAAGGAGGAUACUGUUUGUAUUUGCAAGAGGAGAGGUGGAAGUGAUAACAGAGGCCUGAUGCAUAAUCAGUGGUUACAAAGUGUGGAUCAGGAGCCUGAUGUGAUCUCAAUGACCUUCAUUCCUAUAACUUCACUGUUGAAUGGCAUUGCAGGAAGUGGAUUUUUAAGUCAUGCUAUAAAUCUGUACUUACGCUAUAAACCACCAAUUGAAGAGCUUCACCAGUUUUUGGAAUUUCAGCUGCCAAGGCAGUGGGCGCCGGUAUUUGGUGAUCUUCCGCUUGGUCCACAGAGAAGGCAUUUAAGUUUUCCAUCUUUGCAGUUCAGUUUACUUGGUCCCAGGCUUUAUGUGAACAACACUCUGGUUGAUGUUGACAAGAGGCCAGUGACCGGGCUUCGUUUGUACCUUGAAGGUAAAAGGAGUAACCGCUUAGCUGUGCACUUGCAGCAUCUUUCGUCUCUUCCUAAAGUCUUCCAACUUGAAGAUGAUCCAAAUGGCAAUUUUCGCCGAGAAUCAUAUGAUCGGAAAUACUAUGAAAAAGUUCAAUGGAAGAACUUUUCUCACGUCUGCACCGCACCUGUUGAAUCUGAUGAAGAUCUUAAUAUAGUUACUGGAGCACAAUUGGAAGUAGGAGAUUAUGGGUUUAAAAAGGUCCUCUUUCUGAGACUCCGUUUCUCAACUGUCAUGGAAGCUACUAUGGUAAAGCACCCUGAAUGGGAUGGUUCCCCUGGGUUGGCCCGCAAAUCUGGUUUGAUAUCAACUCUCAUUAGCCAGCACUUCACGUCAGUUCAGAAGCCACCUCCUCAGCCAGCUGACGUGAACAUAAAUUCUGCCAUUUACCCUGGUGGUCCUCCCGUUCCCGUGCAAGCCCCUAAGCUCUUGAAAUUUGUCGAUACUACUGAGAUGACUCGAGGACCUCAGGAACCUCCUGGUUAUUGGGUUGUUUCAGGUGCAAGGCUUAUGGUUGAGAAAGGAAGGAUCUCUGUGAGAGUCAAAUAUUCCUUGUUAACUGUAAUACAACCCGAUGAUGAAAUAUCAGAGUAAUUGAGAAGAGGUUCUCUUCUAUUUAUACUUAUAAAUGCAAAGGCUACAGUGAGAAGUGGCAGCAUAGUUUGUUGCUGACUUUGAUGUUGAAACACCUGUUGUACAAAAUUUGGUGGAAGUGCCCAAAAAUAUGUACUUUUGAGAUGUCUGUGAUCUUUGUUCUGAUUUUGUUCGCUUAAUGUAAAUCAUGACAACAUUGGUUGUAAUAUAAUUUCUCACUUCUCCAAA